UUUCAUUAUAAAUCUAAAACGAUUGUUUCCUAAUUACAACAAGCUGACAUCUGCUGUUCGAUAUCGUUGCCGCAGCUCUUAGCCGUAUUGCUGUACGCGGUUGGUACUCUGAAAACAUAUAAACAUAUAAAUGUAUGUUUGAAAUGUUGCUUCGGUAGCGGCUAUUUCUUCCACUCUGACCACCACAGGUGUAAGCGAGAUAACAAUAGUGUCACGGGCUUAAUGGUCACGCAGCUAACAGCUGCGCCGCGUAUUUAUUCAGUUCGUAAAUUUAUUUGUUGUGUGCUGGUGCGUUGUAAAAAUGGAGGCCUCUGAAGCGAUUCACGGUAGCUCUAGUAACCAAGGAAAAAUAUAUUCUACCAAGGCUUCAGAUACCGGUGUAAUUGUGAAAAUAAAUUCAAUGAAAUUGAUACGAUUGGUUCGUGGUCAUGAAGUAUUGUACAACAGCUUAGCGGACGGCUAUAAUGACAAAAGUCACAAAGAGAUAAUUUGGGAACGCAUUUACAGAGCAUUAUUCCCUUUUUACGAUUCAUACAAACCACACCAUCAAGACUGCAUACGCACGAAUGUACGCCGACGUUGGAAAACUCUUCGAGACUCAAUUUCACGCGAGGUCAAAAAGAAUGCUACACUUGAAAACUAUUCCAGGAAAAAAGAGAGUCCGAUUAUUGCUGAACUUGAGUUUUUGAUACCUCACAUCAAAAGCUCACAUUGUGCGAAAUUAGCUGAUGAGAUGGGAUUACGGGAAUGUUACACCAGCACAAUGAUGGUUGAGCAGGAGACACAAGAUGAAGAUAGUCUAAACGACUUGAUUGACUUAACUGAAGAAUGUGAUAUUAAGCCAUUUAUUAAACAAGAUGGUUUCCAGUACGAUGAUAUGGACACGUCUGACGGAGCAUUUUCGCAGGAAACAUUUUCCCCACUUGUAAAUAGCAGUGUUGGGAACCAUUUCACCAAUGGCAUUGAGGUGGUACCAGCCACCGAAAAUGACGAAUCUAUUCAUUCGUCAUGGAACAAAGAGUUUUGUACGCUUGCGCAGUUCAAAGGCGGUGAAUUUAUUAAUCCUGUUGACUUGUGUACGGAACAGGAAAAUGGAGAGAAUUUAGAGGCUAGUGAUAAGGAGGCUAAAGAAAUGGAAAAAUCGGUAACAUUACCUGUAAAUGAUAUAGCUACAGAUGAACCCAUUAGUAAGCGGGCACGGCACGAAUCGGAAGAUUCAUCCAAAGAAUUACAAGCCAAAAUACUGCAAUUGUUGAGUAGUUUAGAGCAUCGGGAACGUAGCGAUUACGAAACGCAAGACGAGGACCGUAUGUUUUUAUUAUCGCUGGUUUCUGAUUUAAAACGGGUGCCAGCGGCAAAAAAAAUGAUGGUGAAAAUGGAAAUAGUGACGGCUAUCGCAAGAGCUAAUCAAAGCCAAUGAAUCACACGAUUUUACAGUUUAUUUAAUAUAACGCGUGUUCAUCCUCAAUUAAUGUUUUAUUAAAUAGUUUUGGUGUUCAUAUCGUUUUAGAAAAUUAGUUUAGGUAUAUCGCGUUACCUUUCUCAAUUCGAGCUGUUUCGAAAAACUCAGAAAAAAUGGUUGCACCAAACGGUUACAUAUAAUAUAUUAUAAGUGAAGUCAACUGACCAUUUAGUCCCUUAAGACAGUAUAAACUCUACAAGUCUUGCCUUUACAAAAUUUUGAAAAUUUUAUUGAAAUGAAAUUGUUGAAAUAAUUUAGGGUUUAAAUAAUAAUAAAUAUGUAUUAAAAAAGUUAUGUCAUACAAUUACGCAUAUUUGAAAUAUUCUUUGUAUUGUGAAUCAAAACUUUAAUUGGCAAAAACACAGCGCAUUUCAAUUUGAAGACGUUUUUUGCAACUGCUAACUUGAGAGACUAACUGUCAUAUUCCGACUUUUGCACUGCAAAAUAAGAUUUUAACCAAAAAUUUACGCAAAACACAUUUUAAAUUCUAAAUGAAAAUGCCAAAACACAUGCAGGCCAACAUUCCGAAGAAGCCUAUGUUAUCAUUUCUGUGUAUUGGAAAUGAUCAGACCCUUAUGUUUAAGAUAUGUGACAAAUAUCCCGUUAAGUUUUAUUUAUAGUUUACUGUGUUUAUUUGAAAAAUAUUAAAUGACAAAAUGUACGCAUAUUUUACUAAUUAGCUUUAGCUUAGCUUCAGUUAACCAAAUUAGUAGUAAUAUAAACGUGUAAAAUUUUUUUCUAUGAAAAAAUAGAGACUUAUGAGCCACAUAUGUAUAACUGUGUCCGAAAUAAUAGCAGUGACAUAACCAGGAAUUCAAUCGCAGAAAAAAACUAUUUUUUUUUGAAUUUUUUUAUAUGUAGUUAAUUAUUUCAUUUAAUAUGCAGAUAUUCAACCUUGCUAGAAAUAUGUUUUUUUUAUAUUAAAAUAAAGUGCUAUUUUAAAUAAAAAAGUGUGUAAAUAAAAAUUUCAGCUGUUAUUAAUAAUAGCAGUAUUGAGUAUUUUACAUCAAAACCCAAUUUAUUCAGUAUAAAAAUAUAAAAUAAAACAUAAAUAGCGCUCAUACAGUGUCGACUAGAUUUGAAGCCGGACUCACUGCGGAGUAGACAAAGAAAUCAAUCCUGUAACCCGAAAUCACGCAUUUAAAUUAAGUGCCAAUUUUCAUAAUGCUAUGUGCAAGCUUUACUCCAAUGAUUACUUACCGUGCACUUUCGAAUCAAAUUAUCCCAGUCCAGUCUUUGAUUUCUAUAAGCAUUGUUUCUAAAUUUUAUUUCAAAGUUUCAGUUUUUAUGUCAAAAGUUCAGAGGUGAUUUUAUGAGAUUUAUAAUCUGUUCGUAUUCAGUUAUCACUCAAAAACGCAUUUCCAUUGGUUGAAAUCUUUGAAAAAUUUAUUUUCAAAUAAUAAAAACAAAACAAUACACAGCAAAACUGCUGAUAUGGGCAUUGUGGAUUCAAACACCUUUUAUAAUUGAAUAAUGCAAAAUGCUUAUGUAAAACUAUUUUCUAAUAAUUUUAUUCACGUGUUAACUUGAGAAAUCCAUGCAAAAGAAAUGCCGAAUAUCAGAAAAGUAUCAGUUGCAACUGGGUUGUCGUUUUAAUUAAGUGCCUCGAACAAGGUUAAAAUUAUAACUUCGUCGAAUGAGUGUUGUACAAGGUGCGUUUCAAAGUAAACUGGACUUAAAAAAAACAGAACAAAUGUUU